UUACAGCAAUAAAAAACAUGCUUCAAUGUUCUUUUCACUCGUCCUUUAAGAUUUAAUUUAGAAGUGUUUAGACUCCUUUAAACCCUCAGGCAGACUGUUUCACACAUUUUUGGGGCAUAAUUAACAAAGGUUGCCUUUUUUUAUCUGACCUCAGGAACAGUUAAGAGGUUUGAGGAUCUACAGGAGCAAGCAGGCGCAUAUAUAUCUUAAUCAUGUCAGACAGAUAAGAGCCAUUCAGUGAUUUAAAAACCAAUAAAAGAACAGACAGGUGUAAAGAUUUUCCUCUCAGAUAUGAGGCUCCUCAGCCCUCAACUGUGUAUCUCAGAAAGUCAUUACUUGGGUAUGAAACUACUGUGAUGCUUUUAAAACCUUUUUACAAGCUCAGAAACUGUCCGAUUACGAGGUGACACCUGAGCAACAGUGGCCUCCAUCUGCUUUCAUUCGCCGCCCGGGUCGACCGAACUAACAUACGAUCACAGUCUGAGUUUAGCAUGUCAAGAGGAGACACCUCCCACUUCCACCUUCAUUUGAAAACUCUCACUUCCUCCCCUGUCAUUUUGUGAUGUACUUAAGCUACCGUCUUCUCUUAAGUCCUCAUUCUGGUGACUGGUGCACCGUUGAAACACCGUUGAGCUGAAUCACCCCUGCACGACUCCCAGUUCACCAUGCUUAGGAAGGUUGUAAGGAGCAGUAAGUUCCGUCACGUCUUUGGUCAGGGUUUGAAAGCUGACCAAUGCUACGAUGACAUCCGAAUCUCCCAGAUGACUUGGGACAGCAACUUCUGCUCCGUCAACCCCAAGUUUGUGGCCAUGAUCGUGGACGCAAGCGGCGGAGGAGCCUUCAUGGUGCUGCCCCUGAGCAAGACGGGGCGUAUCGACAUGUCCUACCCUACUGUGUGCGGCCACACAGGCCCGGUCCUGGACAUUGAGUUUUGUCCUCACAAUGACAACAUCAUUGCCAGCGGCUCUGAGGACUGCAGUGUCAUGAUUUGGGAGAUCCCGGACGGCGGGCUGACCACGUCGCUCACAGAUCCUGUUGUCAAACUGGAGGGUCACUCCAAACGUGUCGGCAUCCUCUGCUGGCACCCUACAGCCCAUAACGUGCUGAUGAGUGCAGGCUGUGAUAACGUUCUGAUCCUGUGGAACGUGGCCCGCGGCGAGGCGGUGGUGAGGAUGGACACCGUGCACACCGAUCUUAUCUACAGCGCCUGCUGGAACAGGGACGGCUCCCAGAUUCUCACCGCCUGCAAGGACAAGACCUUGCGGGUGCUGGACCCUCGCAAGGGCACCGUACUCCUCGAGAAGGAAAAGCCUCACGAGGGCUCCAGACCCAUCAGGGCGGUGUUCGUGUCCGACGGGAAGAUCCUCAGUACCGGCUUCAGUCGCAUGAGUGAGAGGCAGGUGGCGCUAUGGGACCCGAAGAACUUCGGGGAGCCUCUGACCCUGCAGGAACUGGACACCAGCAGCGGCGUCCUUCUGCCAUUUUUUGACCCAGACACAGGCGUCGUCUACCUCUGCGGGAAGGGGGACAGCAGUAUCCGUUACUUCGAGGUGACAGAUGAAGCUCCGUAUGUCCACUACCUGUCCAUGUACAGCAGCAAGGAGAGCCAGAAGGGGAUGGGUUACAUGCCCAAGAGAGGUCUGGAGGUCAACAAAUGUGAAAUCGCCAGAUUCUACAAACUCCAUGAGAGGAAAUGUGAGCCCAUAGUCAUGACGGUGCCACGCAAGUCGGAUCUGUUCCAGGAGGAUCUGUACCCAGACACCAUCGGCCCCGAGCCUUCGGUCGAAGCUGACGAGUGGUUCGCUGGAAAAGACGCCCAGCCCAUCCUGAUCUCUCUAAAAGACGGGUUCGUAGCGACCACCAAAGCCAAGGAGUUCAAAGUUCACAAGAGUCUCCUGAAGACCACGUCUGCUUCUGCGGGGAGUCAACAGGACAACAGCGGGGAGGUUCAGUCCUUGAGGAAGGAGGUGAAGGAUCUCAAAGAGGCGAUAGAGGAGCUGACCAAGCGUGUGAGCGAGCUGGAGAGCAAGCAUUAAACUACAGAAGUGUGACAGAAACUAAUUUUUCAAAGAAAUAAAUCAAGAGCAGAAGUCCAAAAAAAAGAGAAACUGGGAAAGAAGCAAAGAGACACGGUUUCAUUGAUUCUUGAUGCAACAUUGUAGUUGUGACAUUCAUGCAAAUAAAGAUUUGAAUUUGAGAGGGAGAGGGCUGCGUAUUGUAACUGUAUAGUGAGACAAAGGGAGAGAUCAAAACAACUGGUGUUAUGAAGAACUUUUUUUUUUUUUUGGCUUGAAUUUGUUUAUUUGGUUUGUCUGAUCAAGUUUAAAAUUUCCUAUUUUAAUAUAUGCUAUAGUUUGAAAUAAAGUCUUCUGUAUUUUCAGAACACA